AAUCACUUUACUUUCCACCAGCAGGGAGGAAAUCAAUCAACUACUACAGAAUUUAUCCUUCUGGGAUUUGGCAAUCUGCUUGAACUGCGAAUAGUCCUCUUCAUAUUGUUUCUUCCUGUCUAUACUUUGUCCAUUGCUGGAAAUCUCCUAAUUACCAUCCUGCCCAGGAUGCUGGCUAGUUUUGUUACUGGAGAUCAAUCUAUAUCUGUCUAUGGAUGCAUCAUGCAAUACUAUUUCUUUGGUUUUUUUGCAGCCACUGAAUGCUAUCUUCUAGCGAUGAUGUCUUAUGAUCGGUAUUUAGCAAUAUGCAAACCAUUGCAUUACACCAGUCUCAUGAAUGGUAGACUCUGCCUCCAGCUCGCCCUCACAUCUUGGAUGUGUGGCCUAUUGACCAACACUAUCAUAACCUCCUUUCUGCUGGAACUUACCUUCUGUGGACCCAAUGAAAUUGACCAUUUCUUUUGUGAUGUAUAUCCAGUAGCAAAUAUUUCUUGUAGCAAUACACGCUUAGUAAAGCUUGCUACAUUCAUUUUAGGCAUUAUGGGAACAGGGCCACCCUUUUUCUUAACAUUGGUCUCAUACAUCUGCAUUCUUCACACUGUCUUGCAAAUUAAUUCUAAAACUGCCCAACAGAAAGCCUUUUCCACAUGUUCAUCCCACCUGAUUGUAGUGACACUUUUCUAUGGGUCAAUAAUCCUUGUCUAUAUAGUUCCUGAGAUUGAAACACUAAAGGAAUUACACAAGAUCUUUUCUAUAUUUUACACUGUCCUGACUCCUAUGCUCAACCCUCUUAUCUACAGUUUGAGAAACAGAGAGGUGAAGGAAGCUCUCUUCAAAGCCAUCAGAAAAUACAGCAACAAAAUUUCAUAA